UUUUUGUUAGUUCCUACGCCAAAUAUUUUUGCACAUUUGGGACCGUUGCAGCUGACGUACGAUGAGACUACGUUAUUAUGGUUGAAUACAUUUCUGUUGAAUUUGGCGAAAUGCAUUCAAGAAGCUAGCAAUUCUUCUUCCUCCUCCUUUCAAAGUUUUCUUCUUUCUUUAAAUAUUCGUACGGAACUAUUAAUGCCCCAGAUUAUUAUUCCCUCCGAUAAAAGUUAUCCGAAGCAGGUCGAACGGCCGAAAGCUUUGCACCUGCAGGCUUCUAGGAUUGUGAUGACGAAUUGUCGGAUCGGCGAUCAUGCGUCCCACUUGCAUCUAAGCGAAUGUUUAGAAUCUCUCAGUCAUGGAAGUAUGUUUUUUGAUAGGACCAGUUAUCCUUGGAGAGAAGACGAUUUGAAUCCGAUUGCCGAAAGAUUCAUGCAGCAAAUGACCGAUAAACACGUAAAAGGUAAUGGUAAAAGUAGUCCAAAAUCACCUAACGAGCUUAACGUUGUUAUGGAAGGACAUGAUAUGUGGAGCAUUCAUUUAGAUCCUUGUUGGGCCGAUUUUACUUAUGACAACAGUAAUUUUAAGUCACAAACGUUUGUUGAUCCCUUACCCAUCACACUUUGGAUUUAUAUAAGAGCUUUAAGUGAAGCAUUAAACGAAGAAUUAAAUUCUCACAUGGAUGUGAAUCAGAAUGGUAUCAACAUCACGAAUAUUAGUAAUGGAAGCAUUUCUGCGUCGUUUCUCAAGAAAGAGAAAACGGAGACGGAAUCCGAUAACAAAGACUCUAAAGAAGCAGAUAUAUAUAUGUUAGUGCAUGUACAUUCUAUGUUAAAUUUACAAAUUAAUCAUUAUCAGUACUUAUUUCUAUUAAGAACAUUAGACUCCCUGAUUGCGCUCACUGCGCAGUUGUCGGAAGUUAAUUCGGCGUUAUCGCCCAGUUCCCACACUCCGACCAUCUGCAUAACUGCCUGGUGGCCUCAGAUUGACAUUUCUCUUGUAUUACAUAGUCUUAAUAAGAUGCGCACUUCCGAUUCAGCCGACGCAGUUUCCUAUCAAGACGAUCUCUCUUUGAAUGAAGAAACAUUUUCAAAAAAGAAAACUCUAACCUCGGCAUACAGUUCUUUUUCAUUAUGUGAAUGUGAUAAACGUUCUAAAGGUUUUGAUGAUGAAAUUAAUGACAUUGUGGCUGAAGGUGGAGAAGAGAGACCUUUUACAAAGUCUCACAGUGACUUACUAUUAAACUCUCAUUCCAAUUCUUCUUCUCCGCCUUCACCUACUUCUCCAACCAUUGUGGGCAACACCGAAAGAUCCGAUUCUCUUCAGAAGAGUCUUCAUAGUGGAACAUCAGCGAUGAGGAGAGGAUUUUGUAAUUUAAUGGCCAGCAUAGAUUCGGUGUUAACAAAAAAUGAGGGUCCUGAUUCUGAGACCGUUUCUCACUGUGAUGACGACACAUUGUCAGUCCAAAGCGAUUUUUCGUCUGACAGCGAUCAGUAUGUGUUGGUCGGAUUGGAAUCACAUUUAACGGAUGAAGAUCCUUUCCACUUUCAUUCCACGGCAGUAGAGAUUGAAGAAGCGGCCGAAGUAAAGGAAGAACUGGUCAGUCCUCAAACUACGAGUGGUGAGAAAAGAAAAGAAAUGAUAUCUGUGGUAAUACUGAAACUCCUCGGAGUCGAAGUUUCCGCACAGAUGAUGGAAAAUAGAAACUGUCAAGUUGUUCAAUGUUAUCGUAUCGAAAGCAGCGAACAUCCUUCGAUAUCUUGGGAAAAUUUUCACAAUAUUUUCUCUACUAGGUCGAGGGGUUGGCAGCUCGACAGAUCGCUCGACGGCCCGCCGUCCGAUGUACAGAUAAGCCUGAGAUAUGUCAAAACGGUGGAAGCGCAGGAAAAAAAGGAAAUCGAAGAAGAUUUUUUGAGCAUUCUUGUCAAAGAUAUAAACUUAAACAUGCUGAUGAGUUCCUUUUCUGGGAUCACGGAUAUGCUCGAGGACGAAGUCAUACCCAAGCCAAUUCCCACACGCAUAAUAAUAAAUAAUCUCAUGUUACAUUUGAUGCCUGCUUGUAGGGAUUUUAACUAUACCGAAGAAGAUAGACCCUCUGUAUAUAUUACCUCUCCGGGUGUCGUUCCUUUACACUUUCAUUUGCCGGGCUGCUUACUCGAAAGAACCGGUGACGGCUAUAUACAUUUUUUACCGCUUCCAUCAGAUUUUAUAGAUAAAAAUCUUCCAUUACUCAUCAAUUGUCAAAAUGGUAAAAGUCUUCCAAUUUUAAUUGCAAGUGAUAAAUGUGACUGGAAGUCCCUACUUGCCGAUCCUAAAGGUUUAGAGAAUCUGACGCCCAUCAAGUUGUCUUCGUCUCCUAUAGAGAAGAGUAUGGACUGCCGGUGCAUGCAGAUAAAAAGUACAAGUGAUUCUCCUAGGAAAUUGCCGGAUGACGACAUUCAAAGAAAAGAUAAAGAAGAGCUGGAAAGAUCGAAAGGACAGUCCGAUUUAAUAGAAAGUUUAGAAACAGAGAAUAAAUUGCUCAAAGAGGAACUGCAACUGUUAAGGAACGCGCAUGAUAACAACAUUUUUUAUAAACUGUUGAGAGACACGAGGGAUGACGUACGAAGACUAGAAGAAGAAAAGAAGUCUCUUUUGGACACGUUACAGGUUCUACAAGAGGAAUUAAGUAAGUAUGAAAAAUAAAGUAGGAAUCCAACUAUAAAAGUCUCUCCCAUUAUACAAAGCCAAAGAUUCGUAAUGGGUUUUUAGACAUUGCAGAGUUUAAAUGUUCCCUUUCCAGUGCAAUAAUUAUCGAGAGGGAGAUUUGACCCAACAUAAGUAUAUAAAAUUUAAUGUAAUAAUCGUCGUCUGUGAUGUUAUCAUACUGCCCGUCGCGGCUAGGCAUUCAUCAUAUUCUGUAAAUUAGUUUAUCCGGCAUAAUAUGUCUAAGACAGUAUAUUACUGUUGUUUCCGACGUGGCCUUAGCACUACAUUCUCGUCACCAUGCUAUAUUUGAAAAAUAGUAUUAUAAUGCGAAUUUAUUUUAAACGUCUGGACGGACUUCGAAACAGGAUUAUUUAGUUCUAAGUUAGGUUUUUUUUUCUCCCACAAACAGAUUAAUUUUUGUACACUUAAAUUUAAAGUAGGCAUUUAUUAUGUUUCAUUAUAGAUUAUUCAUUGUUUCGAGCAUAAUGAUGGAUUUUAUAAAUUGUUAACGAGUCCGGUUUAAGCAAAAGUAUAUUGUACAUUUGUAAAAGAUCACAGAAUGAGUAGGAAUAUAUCUUCAUUGUCAUAUUGUAAUUUUACUGUUAUUUUGUGAAUAUUUAUCUAUUAUAUAAAUAUUAUUAUUAUUAUUAUUGAAAAAGGAAGCAAUGCAGGAAAAAAUAAAGUCUGAGAUGUGAAUUUUAAA